AUGUUCGAGGGUGAGCGGGUGUUUUACUCCAACAACAGAUCGGAUCCCCAUGGCUUCGAGGCAGAGGAAGGAGGCCCCGCGUCUCUUCCAUCUUUAAAGCAGGCCCGACUCUUUUUCGAGCAGUACUUACAUCACGGGAGUGGGGCACUGCGGCGCAAGCUUCUUGCAGAAGCAGAGAAGAGCAGCAAGUGCCUGUUGGAGCUCGACCUCUUUGAUUUGAUCGAAUACCAGCACAGAGUUCAGCCCGCUGAUUUGGAAUGCGUCAAUACGCCUCUCUGCGGUCGGGACAGACACAGGGCGCCUCCAGACUUUGCUCACAGACUGGCCAGGUGUCUCAGGGAAAGGCCGCUCGUAUACUUGCCCGUUUGUGAAAAGGCUUGCGAGGAGAUUGCGGCGAAGAGCGCCAUAGUCCAAGGGGCCCCAGAGGGGCCCCAGGGACUGUCUGGCAAGAGGCAGCGUGCCUUCGAUGUGCAAAUCAACCUGGUGGAUUCGGGAAAGAAGCCUACGCCCAUCCGGAGUCUCCUGUCUCAGCAGCAAGAACAGUUUGUUGUAACUACUGGGAUCGUCAUUAGCUGCAAGGCCCCAAUGAGCCGCAUGCAGAAAAUAACAAUACAAUGUCGUUUUUGCAACCACAAGUUGACGAUCCAUGCAGCAGAAUGGAGGGAACAACCCCAGAUGCCUCGAUUCUGUAGAGCCUCAGAGCUAGCAGGAUCUGCACAAGGAGACUCCGACUUGGGGUGCAAGAAUAAGCCCGAGCCCUACUUCAUCGUUAGCAACGAAUGCACAUUUCUUGACGUCCAGCUGCUCAAAAUGCAGGAGCUUCCUGAAGACGUGCCUACUGGUGAUAUGCCCCGUCACUUGCUGCUCAAUGCGUCAAGGUUUCUGGUAGAUGAAGCUACAGCAGGAGAUCGACUGAUCGUCAGCGGAGUGCUCACCACUGAAGUGGGUCCUGGCGUUCCGAACUUUGCGACGGAGAGAUACGGUAGGCGUUGA